UGUCCGGUCGUCAGAAAUGCGAGCUAGUAGAUUGUCUCAGAUCUGUGGUAGUUUGUGGAGUGUUCUGCGUGUGUGGGCCCUCUCUGUGAGCCUGCCUGUCCAUCGCUCUAUCGUGUAUAGUCAGCCCAUGCCCUUCUGAAGGCUUCCCGCCCACCACCCAUUGCCAUCGUAUCGACAUCGCCCGGUCCGCACCCGGCAAAGGACCAUGCCGAGCGCUGCUAGUUUUGAAGAUAAGGCCGCCGACGCGCACCUUGCCCCGCCGUGCCCAGCCAAUGCCGAAGAAGGCAGCAUCCCAGCCGAGUCCGUCGCUGACACCGCCGUGGCGCGGCAAGUGGCGCGGCUGACCAUUUUCGACUGGGAUGACACCCUCUUCGCCACCACGGCCAUCAUGACGGGGCCGCUCUCGGUGAGAAAUGGGCAGAUCUGCCGUCUGCACUCCAUGGGGGAGGGGUUUGCACUGGGGGGUGGGUGUGGUGGGAUGGAUGGAUGUGUUCUGUGGUGUGUGCAGCACGGUGGUGAGGAGAGCGAGAUUCGCAAGGCCCUGAAGGGGUUUUUCAAGAAGGCGGGCCAGCAGAUGGCGGCCCUGGACGCGGCGGCCAGCAAGGCCAUGGAGAAGGCCGUGGCCGAGGGGAAGGUCAUAGUCAUCACCAACGGCGAGACGGUACGUCCCUGCAUGACGCGCCAUCCGAACAGAGAGAGACACACACACAGAGAGACACCAUCCAUCCAUCCAUCCAUCCAUCCAUCCAUUGUGUGCACUGUUGCGUUGUGGGUAUCAGGCGUGGGUGAGGUUGUCGUCCGGCUUCAUGCCGCUGCUGCAGAAGGUCAUGGAGGACAACACCGUCCAAGUAGUGUCGUCGCGCGAGGCCUUCUCCAAAAACUACCCGGACCGAUCGGACCUGUGGAAGGUCGGACCACCACAUCCACACCCCACCACACCACACACAGAGGGGGAGGGGGAGAGAGGGAGUAUGUCCAUUGUGUGGUGUGUAUUGUUGGGUGUGGUGUGUGGGGUGCAGAUAUACACGUUUGCGCGCGAGAUCGGCAAGGUGCGGCCCCUGGACAUGGCCAUCACCAUUGGCGACGCCCCACAUGACAUGGACGCCCUCAAGAAAUACAGGUACGUACCUACCUUCACACACACACAUGGCAUGGACGAGCCGAACAUGUGCAAACACCUGACCUGCACCCUCUCUGUGCGUGUGUGUGUGUGUGUCUUUGUGUGUGUUCUGUUUGUGUGUGUGUGUGUGUCAGGGGCAAGGGGUCAGGGGCGAUGGCCAAGCGGUUUGUCCGGUUCACGGGGCUGCCAGAGCCGCCGACGUUGACCAAGGUCAGAAUACAAGACAACACAACACACACACGAACAGAGACACACGCCGCACUUCAAGGCAGUGCACUCAUUGGGUACAUAUGUGUGUGUGUGUGUGUGUGUGUGUGGAAUGGCCAUCAGGAGUUGGACACGUUGAGUUCGCUGUACGACGAGAUCAUCCACCCGGCCACCAAGCGCAAAAACUGGGACAUGGACGAUAUUCUAGAAGUAGCCACACACAACACACCGCACCAGAACACAACCCCACACCGUGCAUCUCCCUCCAAUUUAAUGCAGCUAUCGCUCCCGGAGGAUUUCGAGUACCUCCCGAUGGACGGCAUCAUCAACCCACCCUCACCGCCACCCCCACCGGCCAACGGCACUCCCCCAGGCACCCCCGUCGCAUCCACACACACACCCAAGCGCGGCCGCUCACCCUCUCCCCGCCUCCGCCGCCACAACAACAACAACAACAACAACAAAAACCGCAUGCGGCCCGCAUCGCCGCCCCCACGCAAGAAUGGCGGGGGCAAGCGCAAGGUGGGCGACAAGGCCAGUAGUGCCAGUAGUGCCGAUGAGGACGACGAGGGUCCGUGCCCGAUGGACCUGUCAGAGGACAUCGAAGGCGUGGACGAGGUGGCCAAGGGUCGGAGCAAGAAGGCCAAGAGCAAGGGAAAAGGUACGGGUAGCGGGAUGGUCAAGACACGUGAGGUGGAGGCGGACGAGGUGGUAGUGGCCGGGGAUGAGGAGGAGGGAGAGGGAGAGGGGGGCCGCGAGCGCGACGCCACGCCCCAGCGGCAGCUCAAGAAGCUCCGCCGGCUCACCCAGCAGCGGGCCGGCGUGAUGCGCAUGAGCAUGGGGGGUGGUGAUGGUGCCGACGACGGCCCCAAGACGCCCCAGUUCGGCGCGGCCACCCCCUCUGCCGGCGCACGGGCGUCGUGCCGCACGCCGUCGCCGUCGAAGCGGGGCAAGACGCGGCUGAGCGAUCCCCCCGCCACACCGCGGUACGACUUCCGCCACAAGCGGUCGUCCUAGAUAGCGAAUCUCGAUAGUACACCAUUAUGAUUGAUAUGAUAGAGGCAGGGAGGCAAGGAGGGAGGGAGGGGAUGGAGGGGAGGAGGGGAAGUCUGUGCAUAUGUGUGUGCUCGUGUGUGUGGCGCGUUGUGAUGUUGAAGGCAGCUACCUGAAUGAAUGAAAGGAUGGAUGGAUGGAUGAGUGCAGGCAGCUGCUAGGCAGGCGGGCGGGCCGAAUCUCACACGACACAGAUAUGAUAAGAGAGGAGGCGCUGCCCUGCGCUGCUCUGCUGCUUUUCACUCGCUCACCUUCCCAAGGUAUAGCCGUCUGGCCGUCUGGCCGUCUCUUUGUCCUCUGCCGGAGCUGUCCAAGGCUCAUGCGUGAUGGCAUGCAAUGGAAUGACGUCUCCCCGCUUACUUUUCCCCCCUUAAAGAUUUUCUUUUUCUGUGAUGGCUUCUUUUGCACAUCUAGCUGCAUUGGCUGUGUUGUGCUGUGUUGUGUUGUGUUGCGGAGGAGAGAGACAUGACAGGUACACAGAGAGAGAGGGAGGGGAGAGGAGGGGGGGGGGGCGAGAGAGAGAUAUAGACGAACAGGGCUGACUGGCCUGCCUCCCCCGCCCGAGCGACCGCACACACAGACUGACUGGCAAGACAGACAGACACAGUCUAGCGAUGGAUAUGGAACUGUGUCUCGUCCACCCAACGUGUGCUUACUCAUUCGUAGUUGACCGCCUGGAUGCCCAUCUUUCUGUAUGUCUGUGGAUGCGUGUGUGUGUUUGUGUGUCUGUGUCUGUGGUGUGUGCUGUGUGUGCCUCCCUCGCGAUGCCGGAUAUGCGUGGUCACAUUGGGAGGGGAAGAGCCGGUGGGGUGGCGGGCGGGACAAGAGAGCGCUAGACAUCGAGAGAGAGGUUGCAGACAUGGGAUAUAUAAGGGGGGAGCGAAAGGCGGACAGAACAGCUUAGCUUCUCUUGUGAACGUGUAGAAGCGUGUGGUGUGGCUGGGCUGACGUGUUGAUACUAGCUAUGGUUGGCCGAUCGCACACUUGUUGACAUGGAUGGAUGGAUGGAUGGCCUGACUGACCGUUAUGAUGGAUGGUGCACAUGGCAUGGCAUGGUUUGGCUGGGAGGGACACUGACACAGUCAAGACAGGUCAAAUCCUCUGCCGCCGCGGGA